GCUAUUUGCUACUACAAACAAACAAACAGGCGAUCAAAACAAACUUUUGUUAACUUUUAAACAAAUUUAAAUCAUUUCAAUCGUUCGACUUCGUAAAUUGUGCGUAAAUUUGACAGAAUCAUUUUUCUAUUAUGGCUGAUUACGCCCUUGCAAAGACCGGAAAGCUUAAAUUGAAGGGAGAAAAAGAAAAAAGCAAAAAGAAGAAAAGGAAGCAUAAGACUCAGGACGAUGAUGUAGCAGCCAAAGAGAGACAACUGGACAUUCUCAAACAUGGAGGAUGGAAGGCCGUCGACACAUUUAUUGAGAUGACCGGUUCAGUGGCUAUUGAAUUCGGCAACUCGGCAUACGUGAAAGCAUUGGACAAUGGGCUGUUCACUUUGGGAGCUCCACACGAUGAUGGUGAUGGUCCAUCUCCUGAGGAAGUGCUGACCGCCAUCAAAGUCAGCGAGACAAAAAUUGCCCUGAAAUCAGGUUAUGGAAAGUAUGUUGGCAUUGACAAGAACGGUGUAGUGACUGGCCGUGCUGAUGCUGUUGGAUCCAUGGAGCAGUGGGAACCAAUUUUCCAAGACGGAAAGCUGGCCCUGCUGAGUGCGAACGGUUGUUUUGUGGCAUUGACGGAUGACGAUUCAUUGGAGGCCAAUAGCAAAGUUGCCGGUCCAAGUGAAAUUAUCAAAAUCAGAGUUCAACUGAACGACGCUGAGGAAAGCUCAGCCGCUAAAGCAGCAAGAUUGAACGAGGACGAAGGUGACGUUUCUCAAGUGGAAUUAAAUUAUGUGAAAAAGUUCCAGAAGUUCCAAGACAAAAAGAUCAAGUUAUUUUCUGGGGAGAAAAUUGAUCUGGUGAAGGCGAAGGACGAAGGUGUUUUCCACGAGACAAUGUUGGACAGGAGGAGCAAAAUGAAAGCAGAUCGCUACUGCAAAUGAUUUUUUUAAUAAAUAGUUAUGACUUAAUUUUAUUCACUCUUUUUUUAU